GCUCCUUGCAUUCCACAAGUUCUGGCAGUUCGAUCUAGCGAGCGGAAGCGCCGCGCGAACUAACGAAGGCCGGUUCCAAACCGUCGGGUCGGGGAGGCCAGAUUGUCCAGUCGAGUUCCCCGACUUGGACUGCAGCCGACACGAGCUGCCUGUCGAUGGACACAGCAUCCCAGCAGGCUCGCCGUCGCCGCGGGCCCGGGGGCGGGUUCCGCCUGCCGAAUUUCGCUCUCAUCGCAACCGUCUUCCUCCAUCCCAGCCAGUUCUCGCCGACCGCCGCUGCCGCCGUGGAUAUCGCCCCUCGGUUGAUGUUGCCGGCCGCUCUCCAUGACGACCUCAGCGGGCAGAUGCACGCCCUGCACCGGCGCAGCCAGGGCGAGCAUGUCGUGCUGGCCGACUGCCGCGACCGGAACGGCGUCGUGUCGUCGCAGAUGGCCUACUUCCCCGGCGAUCCCGGCCCGUCGCCGCAGGACGUGGCCGUCGUGGCGACGGCCAAGGGCCAGGCGGCGCUGUGGGUGAACACGAACACGAGCGGCCUCUUCACCGACACCGGCACCACCUUCACGGCCACGCUGGGCCCGCGCGUCGAGGACGGCCAGUUCGCCGGCACCGGCAACAACGGCUAUGGCAACUUCAGCUGCUACCAGAAGUACGUCAGCCGGCUGUACACGUACGACAACACCGUCUGCUCGCAGGUGUACGUCUGUGAUCACAGCACUCCGCCUCCGCCUGGUGGGUUAUGUCGUUUGCGUUCACGCAUCUCGAGUGCGAGGUGAUUAGUGGGAAA